AUGUGGCUGAGGCAACGCCCCACCCCCACUCCAAACAACGUUCCAGCCAUUGCCAAUGGCGCCACCGCGCAUGUGUAUGGGACGGUCAUCAGGGAGCCGACGGGGAUUGCCUGGCAGACAAGAGUCCGCCAAAGAAUCCGAGAAAUCCUGCUCGAACACACCUUGGAGUCCUACAGUCGACUGCAGUCGGUGCACGGCCUGCCAUUUGGACAAUCACCGCUUCCGCUGGCCAAGCAACCAGCGGCCUUUAGGAGGCAAAACCUCCCGCCGGGUCUCCCCAACAACCUCGAAUCCAUGGCGAGCCUGGUCACAUUUUUGCGUGCCAUGGUGAAGCACGAAAGAACGCACAUGCGUAGCUUGCUUCUCUUCAACGUCCGGCAAGAGACUCGGGUCCGCGAGCUGGGUCUGGUGCCCAAGCUCUUUGACCUGGUUGUCCAAAUCAAUCGACAAUUCAAACCACAAGCCGCCUUGCAAACGCCCGAAGAAAUCCGCGCGGAACUGCAUGAUGGAGUCAGGGUAAGGAUUGCGAUGCUGCGCAUCAUUACAAUCCACCAUCUUGUGCACCGGGCGCCUGGAGAUAUGAGGUCACAAUGGGACCUCAUCGACGAUCACCUCGAGGCAGUGCGGGAAAAACCGCAUGCGGUGCUUAUUAUCCGCAGAGACCGCGAGCUAUUUCCCGGCAACAUCAUGUUUGAUGAUGUUCCAAUUGAGUUGGUUCAGAUCCCCAGCGCUCUUGAAACCGAUAUGGAGGCGCGGGUCAUGGAGUCAGAACUGGGCCCAAAUCCGACCCAUGCACAGGUCAAUGCAAUUCUCGCGAGGGAGAUCGCCCUUGCCUUUUCCGCCUCAAGGGUGGUUUUUCCUCUCAUCCUCUAA